UGUUCGUAUAAAUAUAAAAGAAAAAGAUAAUGUUACUAUUCGAACCUUGUAAUAUUUUUUAUUUUUGAUAAUUGCGUUAAGGCUACUGUUCCUUGAAAACAAUUUAUCCUCGAUAAUAUGGUAUUAUAUUUAAUACCACGCAGAUUAUAGUUAUGUAUGUCAAACACUUUGACAAUGUUUUAAGUUUUAUAAAUACCUAUCACAAAUUAAUAAAUUGCCAUAUAGUUGAUUUUAUCACUGAGAAUUUAUGGGAAACAUGCUUACCGGAUGCGUUAAGAUCAGAACUGGAAAAAGAUAAAAUAGAUUGCACUUGCUGGACAGAAAAUGAGAGCCACCCCGCUCUUAAUAAUUUUAUGAAGUCAGCAAAGCGUCUUUCUUUGCAAUCAUGUUCUGUAGAAAUAACUCCAAAUGAUCUAGCAGACAUACUACCAAAUAUUAAGAAUAUAAAUAAAUGUAAAUGCAAAAGUACAAAAACAGAAUUUAUGAAUGCUAAGAAGUCGCACGAAGUUGAAUCCCUUGGAAACAUUAUUGGUACAGUAGCAACGUCGACCGGUAGCCUCGUAAUAGACGCCGGCGCCGGUAAAGCAUACUUAUCAACGUUUUUAGCCGAGAAUCAUAAAGUUCCUGUCCUUGCUAUAGACUGUUCCCAAUCGUGUUGGAAGGGAGCAAUUUGUAGGCAAAAAAAAUUAAAGAAGAAAAUGAAAUAUUCUCAAAGUUUGGUUCGAUACGUAGUCGAAGAAAUAAAUGAAAAAACAGAUUAUGCAAGAAUGGUAAAAGAAAAUUUUUGUGAUUGGAAUUUAGAUAGGAAUCUUGUAUUAACAGGUUUACAUACUUGUGGUUCCCUUACUCAUUCGAUUAUCGAAACAUUCUUAGCUACGGAUGAUAUUCAUCUUUUGUGCAUUGUGCCUUGUUGUUAUCAUUUAACGAACGAAACUUUCAACAAAAGAAUAAAUUUUUCCAAAAAUGCUAGAAUGUUAGCCCAGCAAUCCAUUGAGAGAAGCACAGAAAACAAAUUCGUGUCUUCCUCGCUAUUCUACAGGGCAGUUUUACAAGUGAUCCUUCACUCUAUAGGUAUUUACAAUGCUAGAGUAGGUCGCAGGGGUCCUUCGCACGAUUUUGUCAGUUACGCUCAAUGGGCAUUCUCAAGAAUUGGCGUAGAAUCGGGAAAGAUACCAUCCUUGGAGAAAUUAGAAAAUACAUAUCAAUUCUACGUACAUUUAACAAAACGAUUUUGUACAUUCCAAAUGUUAAGGGUACAUAUGGGCCUUGUGUUGGAAGCAGCCAUUAUGUUGGAUAGAAUAAUAUUUUUACAAAAGAGUAAUCAAUGUUCCAAAGUUGCUAUUUUGCGUUUAUUCGAUCCCGUUUUGUCACCAAGGCAUUACGGUAUUAUCGCAAUAAAAUAAUGUAAAAGUAUUAAGGAAGGAGAAGAUGAAAAAAGUUCGUUUCAUACACAGUAUAAUUACUUUAAACAGUAUAUUUGAUAGCAAAAAUAAAUUCGUUGAUAUUUAAUCGUUACGAUAGUUAAAUUAUUUUGAAUGAUUGG